GCGCGCCCCAUAACUCUGCUGCUGCAGCCUGAGGAGCGCGAGACACUCAGGCCCCGAAAAAAGAAAAAUUAGAGAAAAAAAUUGGAAAAAAUAAUAAAACAACAGAUCAAGAGGAGAAAGACCGGGAACGGUGGCGUGGGGCUCCCACGGGUGAAGAUAAUGAUGAGCACUAUCGUCAUCUACUCAGCCCCAGUCAUGGCAGGUGGGACUGGAUGAGAGCGUGAAGAUAGCGGACAAUUUAGGAGCCUGCAUCCCCUCGAACAUCGCCGCGAUAUCGAACCAGAGCCUGGAAGGCAGGGCAGCCACGGCCGAGUUUCAAUGGCAACGGCACCCUAGGGCUGCCAUGGCAGCAGCUGCCGCCGAUGCCCCACACCGUAUUGCCACACUGACGCUGGAGGACGAGGAACGACGAGGCGCCACCAAAGUGAUUGGAGGUCCCGCUGCAGGGAGGACGGAAAGAGAGACCGAAAACGAGAAAGAGAGGGAGAGGGGAGGGAGAGGCAGUGGGAACGAGUGUUUGGUGUGCGGUGCCAUCUUCAGCUCACAGGACAAGCUCCGGCUCCACGCGUUCUGUCACACAGGAGAGAAACCUUUCCACUGUUCCCAGCCCCAUUGCCCUAAGGCUUUCAGCUCCAAAUAUAAGCUCUUUAGGCAUAUGGCCACACACUCCCCACAGAAGACUCAUCAGUGCUCAUUUUGUGAAAAGAUGUUUCACCGCAAAGAUCACCUGAAAAACCAUCUGCAGACUCACGACCCCAACAAAGAGGCCUUUAAGUGCGAGGAGUGUGGCAAACACUAUAACACAAAGCUGGGCUACAAGCGCCACAUGGCCAUGCACUCAGCCACAGCCGGUGAUCUUACCUGUAAGGUGUGCUUGCAAAGCUACGAGAGCACGCCUGCACUCUUGGAGCACCUCAAGAGCCACUCAGGCAAGUCUUCAGGUGGUGCCAAGGAGAAGAAACACCCCUGUGACCACUGCGAUCGUCGCUUUUACACACGAAAGGACGUUCGCCGACACAUGGUGGUGCACACGGGACGCAAAGACUUCCUGUGCCAGUACUGUGCCCAACGUUUCGGGCGGAAGGACCAUCUGACGCGGCAUGUCAAGAAGAGCCACUCGCAGGAGUUGCUGAAGAUCAAGACAGAGUCUCCGGAUAUGUUGGGUUUACUUGGGUCUGGUUCUCCGCCUUGUGCUGUGAAAGAAGAAAUAAGUCCGAUGAUGUGUAGCAUGGGACCUACCAAGGACUCGAUGAUGGCAAAGCCUUUCCACGGUGCCACCCCUUUUCCCAUGGGCAUGUACAACCCUCAUCAUCUCCAGGCCAUGUCCAAUCCGGGUGUGGGCCACCAUCACUCAUUGGUUCCAGGGUCUUUAUCCACUGCCAUGGGGAUGGGUUGCCAUAUGGAGCCCCCAUCAUCACUGCACCACCAUCACCCACAUCAUCAUCACCACCAUCACCAUCCUCACCAUCACCACCACUCCCCACCUCCACACCAGCAGCAACCUCCCCUACAAAACCAGCAACAGCAGCACCCUCAGCCACCGCCCAAGUACCAGCUCGGAUCUACCUCAUACCUGCUGGAUAAGCCCCUGAAGGUGGAGAUGGAGAGUUUCCUGAUGGAUCUACAGAGCGGACUCCCAGUUCCUCCGCCACCCUCAACCGACCCCCACUCAGCAGCUUCGCCCAAUAAGGAGGGAAUGGAACCUCCGGCGGGAUUGUCGGAUGACCUUUGCGGGGACCCCCUCAUGUCCAAGAGCCCCGCUGUCAUUGCUGAGUCUUUGUGUGCUGCUAACAUGGACUUUUCUCAUCUGCUGGGCUUUCUUCCACUCAAUCUGCCACCCUACAGCGCCCCCAUGAGUUCAGGAGGACUGGUAAUGGGUUACUCCACGUCCUCCACCGUUUCUUCCUCUUCUUCCUCAUCGUCGUCAGCGUCUUCGCAUGCUGCCGAACCACACGCUGCCACAGCCACAGCUGCAGUGCCUCUUACCUCUUUGCAACCUCAACCUCAGGAGCAACCAGGCUCCGGUGGGGGUCUCGGCCUUGGGUCCCUGCACCCACUCCCACCAGUGUUCAGCUCUAGCCUCAGUACGACCACUCUGCCUCGCUUUCACCAGGCCUUUCAAUGAGGUCCUUCACCCCAGCCUGGUCCACCACAAGGGGCUCAGGGCAGAGGGGAGGUAGAACACUUGAACACAUAGAAGCCUUAACAAAAGCGCACAACAGCUUUUUAAUGAGCCUGGAGGAAAACAAGCAUAUGAAAUAUGGAGCUUUUAUUUAGGCUGUCUGAAUUUUAGCUAUGAUUUUUUUGAAUACCCUUUCGAACCUCUCCCACCAUCCCCUCUCCUAUAAUUUCGUAGUUAGAGAGCAGCAUCAGUAGGCCAUAAGGCAUGGUACUGCAUACUUUAUAAAGUAAUAAUAUUAGUAGAAAAAGGAAAAAAUUAAUGUAGAAAAGAUAAUCUGUCUUUGAGACUCUGAAAGACUAGUUUGAAGUGAUAUAUUUGAAUUUCGUUUUCUUUUCCAAAUGUGAGGCCUGACUCUCUAUUGUCUCUAUUAAGCUUAAAGUCAGGUAAUAGUUGGUUGCCCUUAAACUAAAACCGUCUUCAUGGCCAGGAGUAGAGGAAUUAGUGAAGGAAUGAAGGAGUGAAAUUGGUUAUUCCAAAUUUAGUUUAUAUCUGAUUCAACAAGACUCGGAUCAAAUUCACAUGAAUUUCAAAAGCAAAUACUGUGUACCCGAUUAGAUGAAAAUAUCAUCUAAAAUGUGUUCUUCCAGCGUUUUUGUGUUAGUAAUAUAAACUUACACUAGUUGGAAUGGUCAGUAACUAGUUUUUAUGUGCGAGAAGCAGAGGGACUGAAAAUAGAAAGGCUAAGAGGGUAAAAAUAACUGCACAAUUUGUUCAUUUGGUACAAUGUGAUCACUGACAAAACUAAAGCAAAAGAAAUCUACGUUAUCUUAACAGGUUUACAAUUUUUUCUCAAAAGAAGCACUUUGUUUACAGCAGAAGGCACUUGACCUCUGGGUCGCCAAGGUGACCCACUGAAACCCCCUCCCUUUCCCCACUCUACCUUCACGCUUCCUGAAAAGAGACUGCCUUUAGACACACACACCUUUGAAUAGUCUCAAGAUGGUUUUCCUCCUUCCAGCACUAAUUUUAAGUCUCCAUGGCAAACGAUAUCUCGCUUCCAUAUCCUGUCCACCAGAUCAUGAUAUAAAUAUGUAUUUUAAGAAUUUAAAAAAGUAUUUUAGGCAGGUUUGUAUUUUAGAGAGACAUACAUUGUAAUGAUAACCCUGGUAUAUGUGAAUGGCAAAAAAGACGAAACAAAAAACAAGAAUAUUUUUUUGCAGUGUACGAAGUACCACAUCAAAAAUAUAUAUUAUAAUUGCUUCUUUUUCAGUACAUUUUGUUAUUUAGAUAGUUGUAUUAAAAAAAUUGCUGAUGGAUUUUAAAGAAAAAUGUCUAGCAGGUUUACAGAAUGAUGUAUCUUGCGUCAUAUCGAAACGGAUGAAGUAUUAGCUUUUCCCUAUAGCUUUUCCUGUUCCUCGUUUUUCCAUGUGAGUCAAAGGAGAUGAAUAAGGUGCUUAUAAUAGACUAAUAGUGGCAUAAUCCAGUAGAAUGGACUAGACGUUAAUCUUUAGAGCAUGAACUAGGCCCACAAUGUGAUCCAGGUUUCAGUUUGCGUUUUUAUUCUCAGUAUUCGAUCAGACCUGACUGACGCUGUCUGUUUGUGUGUACAGUUUUUAACCUUCGUGAUCAUAUACGCCGUCGCACUGAAAUGUCUGAAACCGCAAUUCCAGUUCCAGGAAUGUAGAGGGGUUUUGUCAUACAGUCUCUUACAAGUUGCCAUUUCCCAGCAAGCGGACUGCACAAGUUCUUACCAAAUAAUCAUUCAUUACCAAUGGCCAUGUGAGGAAGAGUCGUACGUAAAGAAACAGAUGACGAUCAACGUACCAGCAGUGAAAGCAGUGCCUCAUACGAAUCUCUCUUUCUUCACCUCAUCCCUUUGGGUAAAUCUGUGUCCACACAUCUGUGUUUAUAGUGAAUGUGAAUAUCUCUCACAAGCAGGAAAGACCAUAGAAAGGUAAAAGGCCACAUCGCAAAACUAAGACAAAACAUAUUAUGCUGCUCUUCGUGCUGUGGUUGCCAGCAACCAUAGACCACUCUGGAAACAUUUUAAACUGCAAAUGAUCUUUUAGCAGAAAACAUGCACAGUACAUGUGAACUGUUUGUCCGUUUUCUCUGUUCUUCAGCUGCUUUGAUUCGAAUGAACUUUUGUGAAAAGGGUCUGAAAAGAGACACAAAGAAGUCACCAGCCUGGUCUUUGACAUUCAAAGCAUGGGACAUUUGAUUGGGAUAUUGCCUAGUCGUUUUGUCAUUAUAUUAUUUUCUGUUUGUUGAAACAGGACCUCAAAACAACACAACGCAUCACCUCAUUUAUUUUUUUUUUUCAUACCAAAAACCUGGGGAGAAGAAACUUGUUUUUGCACAAUUGCUAACUAAAGAAUAAUUUAUAGUUUGUGUUGCUUAUACUGUAAAGUGGUUUUAUUAGAAGUAAUUGUUUUAUAAAAAAGCCAAAAACAUCGAGUUUUCUCUACAUCCUAAAUUAAAGGUCAUUUUAAAUCAAACUGGAAUCUUUUUUUCCCCCCUAAAAAAAAAAAAAAUAUUCUAAGAAAUAAGAUGUUCAACAGAAUUAAAAGAAGGCUUUUGGCAAUUUUUGAGUUUGUCCUCCCCGGGUUUUCUGUGAGCUGAUCUGAAUUCUAGCACUUUUAAACCUUUAAAAAGAGUAUUUUUCAGCCUUGUAUGUUUGUAUGUUUUUAAUUUUUGUAUUUGAUCUUGUAUGUGCCAUUAGUUUGAUGUGUAGAGUUUAUUCAUCUUUAUGUAAUUGUAAUUGUUUUUCUCCUUUCCCAAAAGAGUAACAGUAUUUUAGAUAGAUUUUCACUAAUAUUAACAGCAUUGGCCCUUUUUUUUCCACGUCGUCUUGUCGUACGUUUGAGGAAGUCAUUUAAUCUUAAAAUAGAUCUUGUUAGAGUAACACGCUCGGUGUCUGAAUUCUGAAACUUGAUCAAAUCAUCAACGCCACAAACAAAAACAAAACCGUUUCCAGCUCCAUCCACAACUGAGGUGUUUUCAAUCAGCAUUUAUAAUAGCUGGCAGGUUCAACUGGUGUGAAAUUGUUCCCAGCUCUCUGCCCCCACCCCCCCAAAAAAGCACUUUUGGUUCAAAUGAAGUUUUAUAUAAUAACUGCCUGGAUAGUUGGAGCUCAGCAUCUGAUUUUUAGUUGUUUUUUUUAUUUUUAACAUCUGAUAUUUUGCAACGCAGACAUUCUACAGCAAAAGACUGAUUAACCAAGUUAAAUCGAUCUUUUCCUCUUGUUGCAAUGCACUUGAUUAUUAUUAUAUUCCCCGAGUACUAGUUGGUUCCUGUGACAAAAAUAUUAAGGGAAAUUAUGAGGUAACCAAACUAGGGUAAAACAAUCCAACUUUUAAGAAAAGGAAAAUCGAUUUGAUAAAACGCUCUUUCGGCUUAUAGUGAGAAAAUGGGUACGUCUGACGAGGACAAAAUCCACUUGUAGUUUGAUAUAUUUUAGCUUAAUGUAAGUCUUGCAUUCCAAGCUUUUUAUGUAACUUGUUUAGCAAUAUAGUCGUUCUAUUUUUAGUACUUGCUUAUUACCACGACUUCUGGAAAAAAGGUGAAACAACAACACAAAAAAUGGAAUAUUCAUCCUUACACUAUUUUAUGUAACGUGGAGAUGAUUGACAGGACGAAUUGUACAAAAGAAAUUCAUAACGGAGACAAACAGUGCGCUUUUUUGUUACACAGCUCACCUGCGGUCAGUUGCUGCAUUGUAAAGUUGACAGAUUUGUAUAUUGGUUGAUCCAAAGAGAUGACAUUACAACAAACCUAUUUACUUAUUGUACAGUACAUUGUACCAUUUGACUUGUAAUGUGUUAUGUUAAAAAUGAUUAAAAGACAAACCCACGGUUUCAUAUUUCUGGCGUCCUUUUUUUAAGCGUCCGAUUUCCUGUCUGCAGCGGUGGGUGAGGGUGCGAGAAAGAACGGGCUGGUUAUGGCUGAAAACUGCCAUUCGCAUACCGUACAGCCAGAACAGGAAACCACACCACAGCGCGCAAAUGAAAAGACAAGAACGGCACAAUUCCAAGUAAUAAAAAGCUGAGCUAUAGCCAGGCUUAAUUAUAAAGUCUAUCCCAAACCUAUACUUUCACAUCUCAAGGAGUUGUUUUAGGCCCAAAAUGCCCAUCGACAAUACAUAACGCACCAUCAUUUCUCAUGUGAAAAUGACUUAAAUCUGGAGGAAUUUGAGGUUUUACAGUGUUGUAUUCCAAGAACAGCCGAGGCUUUGACUUCCUACUCUUCUGAGAAAACGCUCCGGGAAUGGUCGAACUGGAGCGAACGCUCGUGCGUAACAUGCCGGUUCUCAACAAAACCUCAAUAUGUCAACAUAUUGGCACCUUUAUUGUUUUACACAUUAGAAAUGGACAUUCUUAAAAGAGGAAAGAAAGAUUCAUGAAGAAAAAAACAACAUGCUUUUGUCUAAAACAAAGACAUAAUGGGACAAACAGCUCCACAAAUAAAACCCUAAAAUGCAACGAUAUAAAGCACUGGAUUUACGCCAUAAACAAACACAGACCCAUCGACCCAACGCAACAGGCAAAAUAAAGUACAUCUGUAGAAAAUAUAUUCUGUAGUUCUUGCAUUUAUUCAUAAAGUCACCUGUGAGGAAGAA